AUGACUUCUUGGGCUUGGCUUGCUGGAAUUCUUGAAAAUCUUCCGCCAGCUUUAUCAGAACAAAAAAUUUAUGAUCCUGCAUUUAUUGUUUCAUGGGCUUUACAUCCAUCAAAUGAUCCUAAUUAUCUGACAUAUGGUAUAACAUUAGAUAUACAAGAAAUGGCUUAUCA